UUACUUCAAUGAGAAUCAAUAUCCAGACGAGGCAAAGAGAGAAGAAAUUGCAAACGCUUGUAAUGCAGUUAUACAAAAGCCAGGAAAAAAGUUAUCGGAUUUGGAGCGAGUUACUUCCCUUAAAGUGUACAAUUGGUUUGCCAACAGAAGAAAGGAAAUCAAGAGAAGAGCCAAUAUCGAAGCAGCAAUCCUGGAGAGCCAUGGAAUAGAUGUACAGAGUCCGGGAGGUCAUUCCAACAGUGACGACGUCGAUGGCAAUGACUACUCAGAGCAGGACACUUGGCAAGUACGCAAUGGGGAGGAGGAGGGAAGAUGUUCAGAGGGAGGCAGAGAAGCAGAGAAGGUAGAAGAAGACAGGAGGAUCUGCUCCAAACAAGAUGACAGCACUAGCCAUAGUGACCAUCAAGACCCCAUUUCAUUAGCCGUGGAAAUGGCAGCAGUAAACCACACCAUCUUGGCAUUGGCCCGGCAAGGAGCCAACGAGAUCAAGACAGAGGCUCUAGACGACGACUGAUACAAAGAAAGGGGAGGGUCAAAGCAAGAAGUAACUUAGUUUUAGACGUAGCACCUUAGCAGACUUUCCUCGGUCCUUAAUAUGUGUUCUUACAGUAUAACUUUGCAGUUUCUUGUACGUCAGUUAGCUGUUAGGGUCUUGUUCUGUGAAGAUGGCAUGGUGCCCUCAGCCUUUGCAUAUACUCUCUCAGUAUUAAUUCCCAAUAAAUAAUCAAUCAACCAACCAACCUCCCUCUCCCAGCCCCAGUGGCUAGAAA